AUGUCGUCUCCUGAGGAUCUCCUAAAUGGUAUAUCCGGAGCUCUCGCAGCAGAAGGAAAUAUCCUACAAAUGGUCCUAGUGACUUUCAUCGGACUAUCAUGCUAUAAUGUCCUGGAACUCAUCAUCUUAGUCCCGACUUCAUUCCGUCGCUGGCGAGGCCUUUAUUUCUGGUCGCUACUGGUCUCUGCCUGUGUCGGGAUAGUGCCAUACUCAAUCGGCUUUAUGAUGAAGUUUUUCACCCAGGCCGACUCAGUACUUUCCGUGACUGUCUUAACAGUCGGCUGGUGGACAAUGGUAACUGGACAAUCGGUCGUGUUAUACUCGCGCCUUCAUCUCGUGCUUCGCAAUGAAAAGACACUAGCUCGCGUGCUGAAGAUGAUCAUUGCCAACUUCUUCUUGCUCCACGUACCCACUACCGUCUUGACGUAUGGGGCUAAUAUCGUCCAUUCGGGCGAUAUGGCCUGGGUAUGGGGAUAUAACAUUAUGGAAAAGGUUCAGUUGACCGGCUUCACGAUUCAGGAGACUUUAAUAUCUACGCUUUACGUGGUACAUACCGUCAAGUUACUUCGGCUUGGAGUGGAUGCGGAACUUCGUCCUGACUCGCGGUCGAUUAUGUAUCAGCUUAUUGGGAUAAAUUGUGCUAUUGUUGCGAUGGAUUUGUUAUUGUUGGGUCUUGAGUAUGCGAAUCAAUAUGCUAUUCAGAUUGUUCUUAAGGGGUUUAUUUACUCGCUUAAACUUAAGCUUGAGUUUGCGGUGCUGGGUCGUUUGGUUGAUAUUAUUCAGGGGUCGAGACAUCCUAUCUCCCUUGCUAUUGCUGAUACGUUGCCUCUUUGUUCGUAUCCGCGUCCACCUGAGAUUACGAUUCAUGUUGAGCAGCAUGAUACAGAGCCGGAGCAGGAACAUAUGCCGGAACCGAAGGAGAUUCUUCCUGCAAUGACUAGGAACAGGAUGGUGGAAGCGAAGGGAUUUGUGGGGUCGGGUAGGAGGGAAUUGGGGAGAUCGAACUCAUGA